AUGCCCAGCACAACAGCAAGCACCAACAACACAGCCCACGCAAGGAGAACUGUGAAGCAGUUACGAUUCGAAGCCUCCACUGGAAGAAGAAAGGUUUCAACAGCAUCAGCGGACCUCAUGUCUUACUGUGAGGAGCAUGCCAGGAGUGCCUCUUUGCUGACAAGGAUACCAACUUCAGAAAAACCUUUUCAAGGAUAA